CUCGAACAUCAACGAACUCUCGACAAACGAAAAGCACAGAGAAGGAAACAAUCUGAAUUCCAGGUCUCCUCCUCUCUCCUCCUCUGAAGCUCUGUUAGCCUCAGCUUCAAGAGCAGCUCUGUAACACGGCCACAAGACCUCCCCCACAUUACGCUUAUCAUAAACAUCUGGAGCCCUCUCGGUCGUGGACUUGGAUCUCGACAGUGUGCUGAAUUGAGGUCCGGAGAGACCGCUCCAUCCGGACACUGUUGGCCAACAACUAUACUCAGGGUUGACCGUCGUUUCGUUCUCAGAUGUGGAACGAGGCUGGAGGACUCUGAGACCAGACAGAGAGAGUCUUGGCGACUUUGUCCACUGUGUUCAGUCGGCUGUUAUACCGAGAAAUAGCGAGAGACCAUUGACCACGACGCCUGAUCCUCCAGUGGCAAUGGUGUCGCUACCCCGAGACUUGGACAGAAAGACGCGAGCGAGUCUUCUAGAGUAGCUGCUGCUGCUGCUGCCCUCGAGUGGUGAGUGUGACCAGCUACAGAGGAAGGCCGAGCUGAAAAGGCCUCGAGAGGUAAGUGAGUGAGGUGGCGGAACGGAGCCAGUCCCGAUGAUAAAAGUCGCUCGUCAUGGACUGGGUCAGAACUCUUGUGGCGAGAAAUCGAGACUGAGAUUCGUGCGUUGACUUGCUGGUAAUGUGCGUGCGCUCGCUCGCUAGCAGAAUCUCGUCCCUCCCUCGCAAUUCCGUCCGAGACUGAGUCGGAGAGAGACAGAGCCAUGGAUACCGUAGCUGCUCACUAAUUCUCUGUCGCUCGACGUCGUCGAUGUAGAAGGAACGCAUUCGCCUGUGCGGGCGGAUCUCACCGGAGAUCUCCAGAGAUUUCGAGAGAGAGUCACAGUCCGGAACGCCGGAAGAACUUGUAGGUGGUGAGUGAAGUGGAUGAGAAGGACGGGCAUGGGAAUUGCUGUCGCUACAGCAAUUGUAUAGGAUCGGACCCGGUGUGAGGGAAAACAUGUGCCUAGGGGUGCGGAGCUAGCGUAUGGGAGCGCGGUGAGGUGAAGUGUCCUGCUCCUCAGGAGAAUCACGACCAGGCGGCGGCAGCAGCAGCAACAAUAAGCACAUGAUGAGGAAGACCGGAGAAAUUAUCUACAGCAUGGGAUUUGCUUGUGUUAAUUGCGUUAGCUCUGAGUGAUCGAUUGAUUCAUGGAAGCAUAAUUAAACCCUGGCCCACGUCACGAUCGCUCAUUGAAAAAGAGCUCGGGGAUUCGCAGCAGGAUUCGCCUGGGAGCUCCGUGAUUCCGGUGCUGUCACGACUUUCAUCUGUCGAGCGUCUGUCUGUCUUCGCUCUGCUUGCCCUCCCCUCCAUCUACUUCUGGGCCGUCCCCUGCCUUUCACCCUCUUGGGUUUUGUGGCGACCACGAGCGAUCAGGGAGUGCCGACCGGCCAGCCGGCCUGCCUGCUUGCUUGCUUGCUUGCCUUCCAAUUUCACAGCCCCAAGACUGUGAAACUUUAGUGCCGUCACACUUUGGAGGAAGGAAAGAAGGGGACACUCACUCCCCCCCCCCCCCCCAAAAACGAAAUUGGCCAAAUUGGCAGAGCUGUAGCAGAGCGAGCUGCUGAACUUGCCCACUCUUUGCAGCAGGUUUGAGGAGUGGGCGAACCGUGUGCGUAUCAAGGGAGAACCCUUCCAAUUUGAAGGUGGGUGGGUUUGUUGCUCUGAAUUAGACCCUACAAUCUUGAUACUCUGCUUAUUCUCUUGCCACGAAUUGAGAGAGAGAGAGAGAGAAUUUCAAGCCAUUGACAGAAACAGGACCCAUUGAUAGACAGACAGUCAGAAAGAAAGAAGAAAGAGUGACCGGGAAAAGACGAUUGACCUUUUAGAGAUCAGACACGGAAGAGGGCUGUAGAACGUAGCUAGUAAAAUUUGGGAGGGAGGUUGGUCGCUCACAAGUUUCUGAGAAACCUGGGACGAGGAAAUUGCUGUACUCGAAGGUUGGGUACGUUCACAAUCGUUCAGGUGUCUCCAAUUUCAGUGUCCACCAGGUCUAGCAAUCAAUUGAUUGAAUGACAUGCAAUCAGGCACUGUGAACCGGCGCACUCAAUUUCAGACACAUGGACAUCAAGGAAACCCUUGGAAGCGCGUAGUGACUUGAGCUACAUGUAGUCACGUUCUUAUGUAUCAACUGUCAGAUUAAAAUGUCUCGAUCGAUCCUGAUAAGUUGCUGUCCGGAAUUUGUGAUCUAGUCGUCCACAAUCUGAUAGGCAGGGAAAAUUAGCCCCCAUUCAAGUCACAUCUGUUAGAAAUUGGAAAAACGAUUCGAUUUUGAGACCUAAAGACCGUUCUAGGGCCCCAGUUGACCUAGUUGUCAGUGCGUAAACCGAAGCUCUUACCGCCGAAGCGUGGCCAUUUUGUUUUUGGAGUUCUUUCACGGACUCACUCUUGAUGUGAGUUUCACAUAUACGAUCAAUACCAUGCAUUCAACAUCAAACGUUUAUUGUUUAUUGCAAUCUUGCUUUUUUUUCCAGAGUGCUUUGUCAGUCCUCAAUCUGUAACUGGAAUGAAGUUUUUAAAACCCUGAAAAGUACCUCCUUGAGAAUGACGGUAAAGGAUUACCUGAAGGGUUUUGAGAUGCAGAUAUGAAAGUGUAGCCUCUCGCUUGUGGAUUGCUUGCAUGUCAGACGAUGUUUCGACGAUCAGUGGAGAGGUCUUUCCGAGCAGAGAUGGCUGCUUGGGAUACUCAAAAGUCAUGUAGGGUGAACUGUUUGAGGAGAAGGAUAGGCAAGCUUACGAGGCCUGCCUUGCUUUGCCUUGCCGUCUGGCAUGGGCGUGGUUUGGAUUAGGGCACAAUGCCUACAUGCCGUGAGGGGGUCGUUUUCCCGAUUGCCACAUGAGUGUUCAGCCCUUGGUGUUAUGUCUAACUUGAUUAAGUGGAAACUUUCAGGAACUGUAUCUCGACUUACGACUGGUUGAGAGUCUGAGAGAUAAAAGAGACCUGGGACAGUGCUUUCUCCUCCACAUUUGCUUUAGAGUGCAGACACAAGCGGAGUGACACAUUGCACUUGAACACUAUCACUCUCCCAAUCACAGUCCGAAAAAUGGCUGGCUUAACCGCACUAGCAGUUGUCCGGUCCUCGUCGCCAUCUCUGAAAGUUGUCGGUGAUCUCGCCUCCUCACCAAAAUUUCUGUCCGUUUUAGGAAUGGCAAGUCUUGCUGAGCUUGACUUUAUGCCAAGACAAGCGGACUCAGAUCAUGGAGGACUUUUGGGUUCGAAGAAUGGUUUCUGCACGAGGCCUUUGGAGCAUGUAGCUUUCAUGAGGAUGGCAGACUCUGUGGAUUCGAGGGAUUGCCAGAGUUCCGGCCCAUGCAGCUUUGAUUUCAGUGGGGACAGAUCUCCUAGAUCUCAGUCCCAUAACCGAACCAGGCAAGAAUGGCAGUCCCCGAGAGGAGGGUCCCUGAGGCCAAGAGGAGUGACGAGCAGAAGCCAACUUGUCAGGGGCUACUGUGACUCUACAAGCGAUGUCAUCCACAUACGAAGAGUAAAACCUAAGAUAUUGACGGGAAUGCCGCACUAUGUAAAGAUUGUGGAGGUGGGACCUAGAGAUGGGCUACAGAACGAGAAAGGUUCUGUACCUACUAAUAUAAAAGUGGAGCUUAUACAAAAGCUUGUUGACGCCGGUUUACCAGUUGUGGAAGCAACAAGCUUUGUCUCGCCAAAAUGGGUGCCGCAGCUUGCUGACGCAAAAGAUGUUAUGUCCGCUGUCAAAUCAUACAAAGAGGCAAAGUUCCCCGUAUUGACACCCAACUUGAAGGGUUUUGAGGAUGCUGUGGCAGCCGGAGCCAAGGAAGUGGCGGUUUUUGCAGCUGCUUCUGAGUCAUUCUCAAAGAGUAACAUCAACUGCACGAUCGACGACAGCUUGAAGCGGUACCGUCAAGUGUGUGAAGCAGCCAAGAAGCUGAACAUCCCUGUCAGAGGGUACGUCUCUUGUGUCGUUGGAUGCCCCGUUCAGGGCUCAGUGCCACCUCAUCAAGUUGCUCGGGUUGCCAAGGAGCUGUAUGAGAUGGGAUGCUAUGAAAUCUCCUUAGGUGACACUAUCGGCGUUGGAACACCUGGAACCGUAGUGCCGAUGUUAGAAGCAGUGAUGGCGGAGGUUCCUGUGGACCGUCUAGCAGUUCACUUCCAUGAUACCUACGGUCAAGCUCUUGUCAACAUCCUUGCUGCUCUUCAGAUGGGCAUAAGCGUGAUAGAUUCAUCGGUUGCUGGAUUAGGUGGUUGUCCUUAUGCCAAGGGCGCCUCCGGUAAUGUAGCCACCGAAGAUGUGGUUUACCUUCUAAAUGGGCUUGGGAUACAGAGCAAUGUGGAUCUCAACCGAAUGAUGGCUGCUGGUGACUUCAUUUCACGAUACCUUGGCCGACAGACUGGAUCCAAGACUGCCCUUGCAAUGAGUAGGACUGGUUGUGAUCAGUCGAAGAUGUAAAUUCAAAAUGUAGAAGACCUUACUGACACCAAAUGUACUCGCCGAUGAGAAGACAAGCGUCUAGCAGUGCUGUAAGAACGCGACAACCAUUUUUCUCUUCGAUCUUUUCAACCUGAAGCCAGAUCUAAUACUGUUCAUAUUCUUUCACCUAAAGCCUCCACGGUUCAGGAUAAGAUCGAAAGAUACCUAAUCACUGACCUGCCAUUCUUGAAUUUGAUACAUGUAACCUCUCCCUUCAAACAACACAUGUUGAGGUUUGGAAAGUAUAGUCUGCCAACCUGAAGUAAUUCUGCUUCACAAUAUGUGUACUGAUCUGUUGUUUUUAAGCAUAUCAUGGUAGCGCCACUUCCGUAUUCAUAAUUAGAUGGUUCGGCCAACCUUCUAAGACUGAGACUGAGAGCUGCGACUUGUGAAAUCACAGUCUCCAUUAGGCACAGCAUUCAGCACAUUCUUACAAAUAGUUCAUAUAUUCUAAUAGGGAGCGAAUUAUGUAUUCUAAACAGAUUAAGUAAGUGUUAUCCACGGCCACCAUUAAAAAUAAAGAUCGAAUGGGUUACAU